GGAGUUCGAGUCAAGUCGAAUAGCUAAAGCAGGGCAGCUAGACAGACCGCCAGACAGACAUCCAGACAGACAGACAGCCAUUGACCGGACCAUUGAUCCCUUGGGCAUUCAUCUCUAGCCUGUGUGUGACUUGGGUCGAGCCUGUGUCCAAUCCGUUGGAAUAAGCGAGAUCGUCUCUUGCCUAGGUGGCCCCUUGACCUAGUCCUUGACCUGCUUCACUAUGAUGCGUUUGGGCGGACCCGGAAUGGGUCAACUCCCGCCCUCCGAUCCCAAGGUGGAACGCGAUUUGGCCAACGCCGCCGUCAUCGGCAAUGGCAUCACUUUCGCUUUUAUCGUGGGCACGCUCCAUUUCUUACCGUAUGUCCUUGAACCCCUGGGAUUCGAGGUCUUUGUCUAGCUAGUAGUCUAAACGACCAAGAUGGCCGCUGCUAGCUUGAGCUUAGCCCGCCACACCUUCCUGGGUCGCACUGCCGAGUGUGUGGUCGGCCUACGGGCAUGUCCCGUGCGUCAUCACACGGGCUACAUCCCGUUCGAGGGGCGUUUCGGUCCGGAUCGCAAUUGUUUGGAUAAGAAAUUGGUGGACCAAUGGCGAGCGCUCAAUCUCCAACCCGUGGCCAAAAUCCAGUUCACUUUCGAUCCCAUCCGCGCCGAUGUUGGCUCCAUCCGCCAUUUCAUGCUCAUCACGUCCUACCCCAAGGUCCGUCAAACCAAUCCCCGAGUCAUUUAUAAGACCUCCGUGGUGAGUGAUCGCUCCGAUCCGGUUAUCCGAGUCGAGUUAGCCGAUGGUGGCUCUCAAAUCGUGUUCAAAGCCUCCCGCCUCUCGAUUUUGGACAUUUUGUACGAGUUCAAUAAAAUCAUGCUACCCUUGGUCAAGGAUGAGGCCGCACCCAGUGCCGCAUUGACCAAGUCCGCCAAGCAAGCCAAUACCACUUCGGCCAAACGAGGCCAACGAAGAUAG